AUGUCCCCCAAGCUUGAAAAAAACGGAGAGUUGUCCAUUAUGGUUAAUUCUAGUUUAGCAUACGAAAUUCUUCUAUAUAUAAAUUCGUUUUAUUUUGGCCUAUUCGCUACCUGUGAACUAGGAACGCUUAUUUUGAAGUCUGUAUUAAUUGGUGGAAAGUAUAACGAUAGCGAUAAUAACCGAAGCUUUCGACUUGGACAAGAUUUUGGUGUACUGGUAGCACUUUUUAUUAUAGAGGCUGCAAGACUAAUUCUCGGGAGGAAGGGCAGUCUCAGUGAAAAAGAUGUUCCUGUAAUGUUUUCUGUGCUAUUAACUGUACCAUCAAUAAUUGGAGUACUCUACCUUCUCAUAUGGCAAGUGGUUGUUCUUAGAAUUGAAUAUAUUUGGUGUACUUUAAUGCUCUCAUUACAAUCCUUGGAAUUUAUCUUUGCGUCCAUGUUUAUAGUUACUAUGUGUAGAGGGCCUUCAUAUGACUAAACCAAUUUUUCUUACCUUUUACAUCUUACUUAAGUAUUGAAUAACUUGAGACAAUUAUUAUACAGAUCAUGCUUUAUUUUUUUUAGUUUUUUGUAAUGGUCAGGUAUAUGUUAUAUUUAAUAAGUAACUGCAUAUUAAAAAUAAUGUGAGCAUGUAACAUAAGCACCAUAUAAAAAAUUAUUAACUAUAAUAUAACUUUGAUGUAUCACAUAAUUUUUUAUCUAUAAGACAUACAUCAAUGUAUAUUUAUCGUAGUAUUUAAGUUCAUUAUAGUUGUAUUAGUAGCACUACAUUUCUGUUCUCUUUUGCUAUAUAUAUAAUAGCUUUAGUUGUCUUUUGAAACUGAAGCACUUUUAACUAGCGCAACUUUUGGAUACAAAAUAGUAUUUAUUGAGAUUGAAUUUUAAAGUGUGUCUUCCAUGUAGGACCCAUUACCCUAAGUGUACUUAAAUAUAUGAUGAAAUUGUGCCCUUAUAACUAAGUGUGAUGUUUACCUAAUGAAAAUAUGCUGUUGAUACUGAUCUGUUAUAAUGGAACUAUCUAGUCAAAUAGAUUGCUGUUAGUAGCCGAUUUAAUAAAAACAUAUUUUUACAAGACAUAAUUUGUACUAAAGUGAUAAACCUUGUGGCCUUUAUAUACACACAUAUUACCUUCCAUUAUUAAAUGAAAAUUGAAUAUUUAAACUAGAUACCAAAGAUUUGUAAUCAAUAUUUAUUGAAUG